GGGAGAUGAAACCAAAACCUUUCGCAAUGUGGAUAGUCAUUUGCCUCUGUUUGCUCCUUAAUUGGAAAUCAGAAACGGAGGCCAAGAAUAUUUUCGAGCUGCAAACGGAUAAUUUUACAUGCACUAGCGAGGAUGUGAAUUCAAGGAUACUCAAGGAGUUUCGCUGUGGCAUCAGUAAAAGUGCCAAACGUCGUACUUGGCAUAUGGAAUUUAUGCUUAAAGAACCUAUUGGGGAACAUGAAUUCUUCAUGAAAAUCGUUCUGCCACGCAGGAGUCCUUUGACGGAGUUUGUCCUCAUCAAUAUGACCACCGAUGGCUGUCAUCUGUUGGCCAAUCGCAAUCAAGUGCCCCUGAUGCGUUUGGGCCGCAGUGUCAUGGAACGCUUUAGCAACUUUCCCAAACAGUGUCCUUUCAAGCCUGAUGUACUGUACUACAUCAGAGGAUUUCGUCUGGAUUUGAAUCUCUUGCCGGCUGUGGAUAUGGAGACACCAGUUCACAUCUCGCUUAGCUACCAGAGCAAGCAGCAUGGUCUCAGGUGGAUCAGCGGCUAUCUGGUGGCGCGUGUUCAACGGAUAAGCGACAAGAAGCGACCCAAGUAG